GAGCACUUUUCAGGUGACUCUCAUUGACUCUCUAUUGACAAUACUAUUGCUAUUGAAUGGCAUUCAGUGUUGAAUGCAUUGAAUGUAUCCGUCAUUCAACUCAAUACUUGACUCCACUAUUAAAUCAAUGUUUUCAUUCAAUUGAUGCCAUUUUGGACACAAUUUAAGCCUUGGUUUUGGUUGAAUUGUGGUCUCAAUUAUUGCAAUCAUUUGAGAUCACGACAAGUGUUUGGUCUGAUUGUGUGAACCGCUCUUCAUAUACCUCUUGUGUAAACAUGGGAUCCAUUGUAUUGUCAUUAUUGUUGUGGUAAUUGGUUUCGCCGAUCGCAACACAUUGACGUCCAGUGACGACAAUAUCACCGAUCGGUUCCACCUCUUGGUCUGUGCGUUGGCCUCACUAUACGAGUGAACGUUUUUGGACACAAAACGAGUCGUUUUGAGCGUUAAAUGUGACCAAAACUGUGUCUUUAUUUCUCAACAAAUAAACGAAACUUUAUUUCAAUUGUAUUUGUAUUAAACGGAAGUCUUUUGCAAAAGCCGUCAAACAAUUCAACCUUUUAUUCAAUAUUUUUAUCACUUUUUAUUUAUGUUGUGUUGAAAUUGACCGCCGAUUAGACGACAAGCAAUCAAACAAUGGCUACUAGUGUUCGGACACCUCUUCAGACGGUUCACGAAUCCGUUGCCACCGAUCAGAACGAUGAGACGAUUCAAAUCAAUCCGAUCCGAACGACAACCAGGACUCGCACGUCAGAAGAGCCACAUAUCGGUCGCUACCGAUUGCUGAAGACUAUAGGGAAAGGAAAUUUUGCAAAAGUAAAGUUAGCCAAACAUUUGCCGACCGGUAAAGAGGUUGCAAUCAAAAUCAUUGACAAAACACAACUCAAUCCAUCGAGUCUUCAAAAACUAUUUCGAGAGGUGAGGAUAAUGAAGAUGUUAGACCACCCGAACAUUGUUAAGCUCUUCCAAGUGAUCGAAACGGAGAAGACGUUGUAUUUGGUGAUGGAGUACGCGAGCGGUGGAGAAGUGUUCGACUAUUUGGUAGCUCACGGGAGGAUGAAGGAGAAAGAGGCCAGAGCUAAGUUCCGGCAGAUCGUGUCCGCUGUCCAGUACUGUCACCAGAAACGCAUCAUUCAUCGAGAUCUGAAAGCCGAGAACCUUUUGCUCGACAGCGAAAUGAAUAUCAAGAUCGCCGACUUUGGGUUCAGCAAUGAGUUCGUGCCCGGACAGAAGCUCGACACCUUCUGUGGCAGUCCUCCAUACGCCGCGCCCGAACUCUUCCAGGGAAAGAAAUACGACGGACCAGAAGUGGACGUGUGGAGUUUAGGCGUAAUAUUGUAUACUCUAGUCAGUGGUUCCCUUCCCUUUGACGGCGCAAAUCUCAAAGAACUUAGAGAACGAGUACUUCGGGGCAAAUAUAGAAUUCCUUUCUAUAUGUCGACCGAUUGCGAGAAUUUACUUAAAAAAUUUCUGGUUUUGAAUCCGGCAAAGAGGGCCUCAUUAGAGAAUAUAAUGAAAGACAAAUGGAUGAACAUAUCCUUCGAAGACGACGAACUCAAGCCAUACAUCGAACCCGAACCAGAUUUAGCUGAACUGCGAAGGAUUGAUAUCUUAUCGUCAAUGGGUUACGGAAGAGAAGAAAUUGAAGAAUCACUUAGGAGUCGAAAAUAUGAUGACAUUAUGGCUAACUAUUUACUAUUAGGAAAGCGCACAACAGAGAACGAAUCGUGUGAUUCGCGGUCGAGUUCGAGCCUUUCUUUGCGCGGAUUGCGUCCGAACGCAGAGAUCACUAGUAAUAGUCAGUCACCAUCUCAUGUGAAAGUGCAGAGGAGUGUCUCCGCGACGGCCAAACCGCGAAGGUUUAGUCACGGAGGAGAUAAUGCCAAUCAAAAUGCGACGAACAGCGCGUCCGCGACCUCCGCCGCCACCACUUAUAAGAAACAAAACGCUUUAGAAGUGAACUCUUCCAAAGACGGCACAAACAAUUCAAACGGUCCGCCCUCUCCUUCUGUGACGAACAGCCGUUCAAUCAAAUCUCCUUCUGGAGGUGUCUUAGACUCUGGAGGUUCUUCAGCCGCUCAAGUACUCAGUCCUUCAAAGAUCACAGCCAUAGGAAUGGGAUCAUUGAGACAAAAGCCCACCACUUCUCCCAUUUCUGCCGCUGUUUUGAAGAACACUUUUAGUGGAAUUCCUCGAAGAAAUACUUAUAAUUAUAACAAUGAAAAGAGUGCGUCCACUGAAAAGGCAUCCAUUAAUGAUAACCCCGGUAACACUUCUGAAGAUAAUUCAAACUCGAGUGCGUCGACAAUAUCUUCUAUUGCGACCCUCAGACCAUCUAAAGGUCACACUAAGUCGGCCUCAAUUUCAGUCGCCGGGCGUAACAAAAGUGAUUUACGUCCUGAUAGUAGUACUGACUCGAGUCGCGUCGCCGGCAGCUCUUCAACCAAAGGUGCGAUCUCUCCGCUGCCGGUCGUGAACCGGGCGUUUCCCAGAGGGACAGUCAAUAGGAGCACAUUUCAUAGCGGACAGACUCGGGAGAGACGACAACCCAAUUUCAAUGGUCCGGGAGGUGUUCCCCUCCAGACACAGGACACGUCGGGACUCUCGAGACAGUCUUUCUUUAGCAAAUUAUCCUCAAAAUUUAGCAAACGUGAACAACUCGUUUGCAGAACAAUGGCUGACGACUCGACAAAACCAAGAAGUCUUCGCUUCACGUGGUCUAUGAAAACCACUUCAUCUCGAGAUCCGAACGAAAUAAUGCAAGAAAUUCGUAAAGUGUUGGAUAAGAAUAACUGCGAUUACGAGCAAAGAGAGAAGUAUCUGUUGCUCUGCGUUCACGGCGACCCCAACACCGACUCUCUGGUCCAGUGGGAGAUCGAAGUCUGCAAACUUCCUCGACUAUCACUUAAUGGCGUCAGAUUUAAACGCAUUUCCGGCACUUCUAUCGGAUUCAAGAAUAUUGCCUCAAAAAUAGCAAAUGAACUAAAAUUAUGACUCGAAGACCACUCUCACUAUUGGAACCAAUCAGAGAUAUAAGAGUGCUUUUAGAAGAGAAAUAUUGCAAUUACUUCGUAGGAGAUUAACACUUAUUUAAUUGUUUAGUAUUAUUAUGUUUUAAUAUUAAUUAUUAUGUUUUAAUUAUUAUAAUUUUUGGACAAAUAUUUGAUGAAUCGGUGCGAAACAAGUUAAUGAUUGUUGUUAUAACUCUUUGGCAACAAAUCUUAUACUUUUUGGAGAAUCUUAUGGUCAUAAAUAUGAAUAUAUUUCUCGACUGAACCGGACAUCAAAAAAGUGAUGUCUUGUGCGACUCUUGAGUUGUUUGGUUUCGAUCGUCACUCAAAACUCAUCUCAACAUUUGUUGUCAUCCAUUAGUUCCACACUUUUUAAGUGAAAACAAUCGCAAAUUAUUUAAUAGUGUUUUUUGUGUACAUUUUUUGAACUCAAUUCUAAAUAUUUAGCAAUUCUUACAUUCAAUGAAAAAACAAACAAUCGAUGAAUAUAUUCAGUGAAAUAUUGAUUUCAAUCGUUAUUAUAAUUAACUUCAUAACAAACGAAGCAAACUGUGAAUUGAAUUAAAAAAUUUAUUCUUUGGUCGAAA